AUGGGCGACGGCAUUACUACGGCUGUGACCAGUCUCCGCGACGUGAAACUGUUAGUGGAGCCGGAGACAGUCAUCAGGGGGCGUACAGCAGCUCUCAUUUGCUCCAGGGACAUGCAGGGUGCACCGCUUUACUCGGUCAAAUGGUAUCGUGGCAACCACGAGUUCUUCCGAUACACACCAAUGGAGGAGCCUGACAUCAGAGUGUUUGGUCUGCCUGGGAUCUACGUCGACGUGAGUAAUAAAAUUCUUAGA